CCUCCAUUUCAUCCCUUAUUCUAUGGCCUUCCCCACUUACCCCUCUCCCACUUCACUUCUUUCCAUAAAAAUGCACCUCUCCAUCAACGACAGCUCCUGAGGGAGAUAGCUCGAAAUGGAACCUUUCCGUUUUUGCCGGAUUCUGAUUCUCACGGCGCUGAUUGCUUCCACCGCCGACGCUGCCUGCAACACCACCGACAGACAAUUCGUUUCCAGAGCUUUCAACUCUGUCUCCGGCUUCAACCUCUCCUGGGUUUUCGUCAACUCCCUGAACUCCACCCACUGCGCCAUUGAAGAAAUCAACCUCCCCUUCAAGAAUCUCACCGGAAUUAUUUCUUGGAGGUUUCUACGAAACUUGACUCACUUACGCUCCAUUGAUCUUUCCCGUAACUCGCUGGAAGGCUCUGUUCCGAAUUGGCUCUGGGGCGUACCGAGUUUGGUUCGUGUCGAUCUUUCCGGCAAUCGAUUUGGAGGAAAUGUUGGGUUUAAAUCUAAUUUUAGUAAUGGGUUUUCUUCUUCGAUUAGGGUUCUUAAUCUUUCUAGCAAUAGAUUCUCUAACUCUGUUCGGCUCUCUGUUUUUUCGCGGCUGGAAAUUCUGGAUCUCUCCCGGAAUAAUCUGCGGUUUCUCCCUUCUGGGUUGGGGAAGGUUAGGAAUCUAACGCAUUUGGCUGUUUCGAAGUGUAAUAUCUCUGGAAAUUUGAAACCCAUCUCUGUUCUUCAUUCGCUUGAGUAUUUAGACGUGUCGGGAAACUCCAUGAACGGUGAUUUUCCGGCGGAUUUUCCUCCGCUUGAUCGAUUGAAGUUCUUGAAUGUUUCGGUAAACAAGUUUAAGGGAGUGGUUAGCUCCGAAAACUAUAAGAAAUUUGGGAAAUCUGCGUUCGUUCAAACUGGGAUUACUUCAGUUCAUAUUAAUACCCACGCCGGAGACAGAGCCAGAGACAGAGCCGUCCCGAGGAACAAUACCAUCCAUUCACACAAACCCAUUAAGGAAUCAGUGAAAAAAGGCGAACCCGAAUCGAAAGCGAAGGCUCUGGUUGUAGCGGUGUCGGCUGGGGCAGGGGGUUUGUUUUUAGCGUCGGCUGUUGUAAUGAUGUGGCUAUGGUGGAGACGAAAGAGAAUGAUGAGGGAAAAGAACAAAUGGGCAAUUUCUACGCCCGUCCAAGUUCAGUUCAAGAUGGAGAAAUCUGGGCCGUUCGCUUUCGGGACAGAGUCUGGAUCCUCCUGGAUUGCUGACAUUAAGGAACCAUCUUCAGCUCCGGUUGUGUUGUUCGAGAAGCCAUUGAUUAGUCUCACCUUCAAGGAUCUGAUGGCUGCUACGGCGCAUUUCGGUAAAGAGUCCCUUCUUGCAGAGGGCAGGUGUGGCCCUGUUUACCGAGCCGUCCUUCCCGGCGAUAUCCAUGUGGUAAUCAAAGUCCUUGAAUCUGGUAGCUCCGUUCAUCGCGAUGGGGCUGUAGCCACGUUCGAGGAGCUUUCGGCUCUCAAACAUCCCAAUUUGUUGCCGCUCUUUGGUUACUGCAUUGCAGGUAAAGAGAAAUUGGUGUUGUACGAGUUCAUGGCGAACGGCGACCUCCACCGGUGGCUUCACGAGCUACCCACCGGCCAGCCCAACGUGGAGGAUUGGAGCACCGACACGUGGGAGAUCAACAACAACAACCACUCUAGUGUAUCUCUUUUAUCGUCACCGGAGAAGCUGGGUUGGCUAACACGCCACCGCAUCGCCGUCGGGAUCGCACGUGGGUUAGCGUAUCUCCACCACGCCAGAUCCAAACCAAUCAUCCACGGGCAUUUGGUGACGUCCAACAUUUUGUUGGCCGACGACUUCGAGCCUCGGAUUGGCGGGUUUGGGUUCCGACAUGUCGGCGGGGACAACUGCGGCGGAGUGGAGAAAGACGUGUACUGCUUCGGAGUGGUGUUGAUGGAGCUUUUGACGGGGAUGCCGGGAAGUGCCGACACGGUGGUCGGAGUAAGAAGGAUGGUAAGAGAGGGAAAAGCUUUAGAUGCCAUAGAUCCCAGACUACGGCUCGGCGGCGGUGAAUCGGAAAUGGUGGAAAGCCUCCGUGUGGCGUAUCUGUGUACGGCGGAGACGGCGUUGAAACGGCCUACAAUGCAGCAGGUCCGAGGGCUGCUCCAGGACAUACAUCCCACCUAGAGCGGACUCGUGUGAAUAUAACUCUCAAUUGACUAAACUGUCCUCAUCUCAUCGGGAAAUUACGAACAAUGCCACUGUGUAUCAAAAGGACGAAAAUGCCCUCGAGAAAAUCCAUUCUUGACCCAGCUUUUAAGAA